AUGUCUUUCCCUUCAUGUCAAGAUCCUGUUCAGGUCGGGGCCUCUGUGUCGGCCCCCCCUGGGACCGGGAAAUCGAAGAUGGAAACCUUGCCCAGGGAAGAUCUUAUCAAGUUUGCCAAGAAGCAAAUGAUGCUGCUACAAAAAACUAAAUCAAGAUGUACAGAAUUAGAAAAAGAAGUUGAAGAUCUCAAAUUGAAACCUAUUGGAGGAUCUGAUGAUAUUAUUAAGGCCCUCACUGAACGUCUGGAUGCUGUUCUUCUGGAAAAAGCUGAGAGUGAGCAGCAGUGUCUUUCUCUGAAGAAGGAAAAUACUAUAAUGAAGCAAGAGAUUGAGAAUUCUGUAACUAAGGUGGAAGAUUUGCACGAAGAGUUUGAACAAUCAAAAAGAAACUAUGUGAAAGAAACAGAGAAUUUAAAAAAUGAAUUAAUGGCAGUCAGUGAAGAUAAAGCUAAUUUGCAAAAGGAACUAGAAGAAGCAACAAAAAAACAGCUAGAGCUUUUAGAACAACUUAAAUUUCAGAGUGACUCUGAAGAUAAUGUUAAAGAACUGCAAGAAGAGAUUGAAAAAAUUAAAUCAGCCUUUGAGGAGCAAAUUUUAAAUCUGCAAAAACAAUUGGAAGCUGCCACAAAUGAAAAGGAGCUAGAAAUUAUUCAUCUUCAAGAAGUUAUUGAAGCCAAUUCUCAGCAUUACCAAAAAGAUAUUAAUCAUUUGCAAGAAGAACUUUUACAAUUGAAGUCUACACACCAGGAAGAAUUGAAAGAAUUGAUGUGUCAAAAUAGGGUAUCAAAUGCAGAACACACGGUAGUUCAUGGAGACCACUUAGUCCAACAAUGUGAGGAAAGUGAAGAGAGGAAUAUUCAGGAGAAAAAUGAAUGUGAAUUGGAAAACUUAGGGGACUCAAUUACAAACCAAGAAAAUCAGUUGUGUUCUUUGCUCUUACAAGGAGAUGAACAAGAAGUAAAUAACAAAAUCAGAGUCUUAGAAGACACUUUAAAAGAACUGGAAUCUCAGCAUAGUAUUCUAAAAGAUGAGUUAACAUACAUGACUAAUCUUAAAUUAAAACUUGAAAUUGAUGCUCAGCAAAUAAAGGAUGAUUUUUUUCAUGAACGGGAAGACUUGGAGUUUAAAAUUAAUGAAUUAUUAUUAUCUAAAGAAGAACAAGGCUGUGUAAUUGAAAGGUUAAAAUCUCAGCUAGAAGAUUCAAAUAAGCAAUUUUGCCAUACUAUAGAGCAGCAUAACAAAGAAAUAGAGCAUCUUAAGAAAGAACAUCAUAAAGAAAUGUCAGAACUAAAUGAGACUUUUUUGUCAGAUUCAGAAAAAGAAAAGUUAGCAUUAAUGUUUGAAAUACGAGGUUUUAAAGAACAGUGUGAAAAUCUACAGCAAGAGAAGCAAGAAGCAAUUUUAAAUUAUGAGAGCUUGCGAGAGAUGAUGGAGAUUUUACAAACAGAACUAGGGGAAUCUGCUGGAAAAAUAAGUCAAGAGUUUGAGUCAAUGAAACAGCAGCAAGCAUCUGAUGUUAGUGAACUUCAACAAAAACUCAGAACUGCUUAUACUGAAAAAGAUGCUCUUCUUGAAACUGUGAAUCGUCUCCAGAAAGAAAAUGAAAAGUUAUCACAGCAGGAAUUUGCACCAGAACUUGAAAAUGUAAUUAAGGACCUUCAGGAAAAAAAUGAAGUAUAUUUAGUUAGCCUCAGUCAAAGAGAUGCCAUAUUAAAAGAAUUUGAAGCAAAGAUAAGUUCUCUUACUGAGGAAAAAGAUGAUUUUAUAAGUAAAAUGGAAAGUUCUCUUGUAGAAAUAGAUGACCUUCAUAAAAAAUGUGAAAGGGAAGAAAGAUUGAAUUUAGAACUUAGGGAGAAAGUAGAGCAGACUACUCAAUACAACAGCGAACUAGAAAGAAAGAUAAAUGAGUUAACUGAAAAGCAUGAAGAUAAGGAUCAAAAUAAUCAAAAAGUAGAUGAGCUUAUGAUGCAGUUAAAAAUUCUCUCUGAAGACCAGGCAGUACUGUCAUCUGAAAAGAAAUUUCUUUCUGAGGAAAUUAAUAGAUUAAGCUCAGAAGAAAACCAACUGAAUAAGGACUUGGAAGCCCUCCUCUCACAAAUUUCUGAAUUAGAAAAGAAACUUGAAUUAGCAAUUGAACAACGAGAUAAUUUAAAUAAACUUUUUGAAAAUGAGAAGUUACUUAUCAAAACUCAGUUGGAUGAGUUUCUAAAACAAAUUAAAUUAAAAGUUCCAGAAGAAAAUGAGAAACAAGAUGUUGCUAGUGUCCUGAAAGUUAUAGGUGAAUCCUUAGCUAAAUUAAGUGAGGAAAAAAAAAAUUUGGCUUUUCAAUAUGAUAAAAGAAUUUUAGAAUUAGAGGAAAAAAUUAAGUGUCUUGAGGAGGAAAAUGUAGUUCAGUGUGAGGAACUUAGAUCUUCACUGAGAGACUAUGAACAAGAGAAAGUACUCAGAAGAAAAGAAUUGGAAGGAAUCCUAUCAGAGAAAGAAAUCCUGCAGUCUGAGCUGCUAGAAAUGAAGACUGCUAAUGAAAAAACAAGGCUUGAAAACCAAGAACUUUUAUUUCAAUUUGCCGGUGUUCCUGAAAAAAUACGUAGGGAAAAUGAAAAUAAUGAAAAAGAAGAACCUUUAAGGAAGGAAUUAGAAAGCCUAAAGCCAUUACUAGAACAGAAAGAGAAUGAGUUACAAGAUGUGAGAGCAGAGUUGAUAUUAUUAAAGAAUUCCAUACAGAAAUCAUCUGUAGAAAAUGAUCAGCCUUCUUCAGUAAAAGAACUGGAAGAAAGAAUAGAAUAUUUGGAAGAAGAAUCCAAAAAGAAAGAAGAGAAAAUAAGUAAGAUCAAACUGGUUGCUGUGAAGGCAAAAAAAGAACUAGAUUCUAGCAGGAAAGAGGCUCUGGCACUACAAGAAGAACUUGAAUCUGUUCGAUCAGAAAGGGAUCAAUUGUCUUCAUCCAUGAAAGAACUCAUUCAAGGAGCAGAAAGCUAUAAGAAUCUCCUAUUGGAAUAUGAUAAGCAGUCUGAACAGUUGGAUGUGGAAAAAGAACGUGCUAAUAAUUGUGAAUAUCGUAUAGAAGACCUUACAAGACAGUUGAAGGAUUUAACACUCCAGUGUGAAAAACUAAAUUCUGAUAAUGAAGAUCUCCUAGCUCGUGUUGAGACAUUACAGUCUAAUGUCAAGUUACUAGAAGUACAGAUUUUAGAAGUUCAGAGAGCCAAAGCAGUGGUAGACAAAGAGUUAGAAGCUGAAAAACUUCAGAAAGAACAGAAAAUAAAGGAGCAUGCCAUUUCUAUAAGUGAACUUGAAGACCUUCAGCUCCAGCUUCAAAAAGAAAAGAAGCAACUUCAGAAAACCAUGCAAGAAUUAGAGAUUGUUAGAAAGGAUGCUCAACAAACUACACUGAUGAAUAUGGAAAUAGCUGACUAUGAACGUCUGAUGAAAGAACUAAAUCAAAAUUUAACUAAUAAAAACAGCAAGAUAGAAGAUUUGGAACAAGAAAUAAAAAUUCAAAAACAAAAACAAGAAACACUGCAAGAAGAAAUGAUUUCACUACAAUCUUCUAUGCAACAAUAUGAAGAAAAAAAUGCCAAAAUCAAGCAACUACUUGUGAAAACCAAAAAGGAACUGGCAGAUUCAAAGCAAGCUGAAACUGAUCACUUGAUACUUCAAGCAUCUUUAAAGGGUGAGCUGGAGGCAAGCCUGCAGCAAGUAGAAGUCUACAAAAUUCAACUGGCUGAACUAACAUCAGAGAAACAUAAACUUCACGAGCACCUCAAGACUUCUGCAGAUCAGCACCAACGGACACUGGGUGCAUAUCAGCAAAAGGUGGCAAGUCUUCAGGAGGAGUGUCGCACUGCCAAGGCAGAACAAGCUGCUAUAACCUCUGAGUUUGAGAACUACAAAGUCCGAGUUCAUAAUGUUCUAAAACAACAGAAAAUUAAAUCUGUGUCUCAGGCUGAAACCGAGGGAGCUAAACAAGAAAGAGAACAUUUGGAAAUGCUGAUUGACCAACUAAAAAUCAAGUUGCAAGAUACCCAAAAUAACUUACAGAUCAGUGUUUCUGAACUUCAAACUCUACAAUCAGAACAUGAUACUCUGCUAGAAAGACACAACAAGAUGCUACAAGAAACUGUGUCCAAAGAGGCAGAACUACGGGAAAAGUUGUGCUCACUACAGUCAGAGAAUAUGAUGUUGAAAUCUGAUCAUGCACAGACUGUGAGCCAGCUGAAAUCCCAAAAUGAGGUCCUUCACAACAACUUCCGAGAUCAAGUACGACGUUUGCAGGAAGAACACAGGAAAACUAUGGAAACUUUACAACAGCAACUCACCAAAGUGGAAACUCAGCUUUACCAUAAGAAUGAAUCAACCAUAAGAAGCCCAGCUUCUCACCAGCCUUUGAAGAACCUUCGAGAAAGAAGAAAUACAGACCUUCCCUUUCUGGACAUGCACACCAUAACCCGGGAGGAGGGAGAAGGGAUGGAGACAACUGAUACUGAGUCCGUAUCUUCCGCUGGCACUCACACGCAAACGUUAGAACAGCUUCUUAAUUCUCCAGAAACCAAACUUGAGCCUCCUCUGUGGCAGGCUGAACUCACCAAAGAAGAAUUGGUUCAAAAGCUUAGUUCCACCACAAAAAGUGCUGAUCACUUGAACAGCCUGCUUCGGGAAACAGAAGCAACCAAUGCAAUACUCAUGGAGCAAAUUAAGCUUCUUAAAAGUGAAAUAAGAAGACUAGAAAGAAAUCAAGAACGGGAGAAGUCGGUAGCUAACCUGGAAUACUUGAAGAAUGUUUUACUACAGUUUAUUUUCCUGAAACCCGGUAGUGAAAGGGAGCGGCUUCUUCCUGUUAUCGAUACAAUGCUGCAGCUCAGCCCAGAAGAAAAAGGAAAGCUGGUCGCAAUAGCUCAAGGAGAAGAAGAAAAUGCGUCUCGUUCCUCUGGAUGGACAUCCUAUUUGCAUAGCUGGUCUGGACUUCGAUAGAUUUAUGAAAGAACAUUAUUUAUUGAAUCAAAUAGAAUCCAUUUGGCAAAAAAAAAAUGGUUCACAUCUAUGACUGACACUUUUUUCCUAUAUAUAUAUAUAUAUAUAUACAGUCACAUCUAUAACAUGUAUAUAUUCAUAUAUAUAUUUGUGCAUACAUAUGUCAGGUACAGUAAAAGCUCUCCAGUUGAAGUAAAAGUUUAACAGUCUGAAGUGUUGAUCUAAUCCACAGUCCUUUCUCUAAUCUCCCAAGCAUGCUGCUAGAAGUGAAAACACCAAGAAUGCAUUUACUCCCUCCUCCAGAAUCUCAGGCUCCACCUUCUGUGAAAUAUAUAAGUUUUUAAGUUAAACUAACUUCUGGUAUUCACCAUCUAAAAAUUGGGCUUUAAAAUAAUCGCAUAAUAUUAUUACAAGGUCAGACAUGCAGUUACAUUGUAAUAAAUAUUACAUUUUUGUUAUCCUAUGAAGAAAAAUAAUAUUACUGCUAAAGCUGACAUUUAGGGACUAUAAAUAUGCUGCAGAUGUUUGAAACUAAGUUCAAAUAUAACUGUUUACUUUAAAAUGAACUCUUCAGAGUAUCUCAAAACUCAGUAUAAUUUUAGAAGACCUAGUAUUGUCAUGUGUAACUCUGUCUGAACAGAUGGGACUCCCAAUGUCUGGAAUACUUUCAUGGUAUCCUUUUAGGCUCUUCUUAGGAAUAAACUACUUGUGUGUGGUGCUGGGGAUGAAACGCAGGGCCUCAAACAUAUGAAGCAUACUCUCUAGCUACUGGCCUGCAUCUCUGGUGCAAAUUCAGGUAUUUCUGAGCCUGAUUCUGUUUUUAAGAAUUCUCUCUUCAAAUGAAAAUCUGCAGACUCUCUUACUCAGCAUUGUAUCUAAAUGUGAAACUGGUGCUUCCUAUGUUUCAGCAUUUAUUGUAUCAUAAGCUUUCCAUCAGAAGGUACUCCAGAAAAAUAUCUUUAGAAAUCAAUGCUACAUGUUAACAGUUUUUUGGAGUAACUAGAAGAAAUGGUGGCAUUGAAAAUCUCUAUAUUUUAUUGAGUAGAUCAAAAUGGUGUACUUUAAAUCAUAAAUUUGAUUAUUCUAUUUUCAAUUUUUGUUAGAAAAUCAUGUACAGUAUAUAUAUACUCUGAAGUUCUCUUAAGUAUUCCCAAUUCUAGUUUUUGAGGCUCAGAUGGCGAACUAAUGUUCAGUUUAAUUUAAUGUUUAGUUUAAUUGAAUUUGCUGCUGAUGUGUUUGUUUAUUCUUUUAAAAAUGUCCCAUACAUUUAUCUGUCCUCCUCUUUUAAAAGAUGAGACCUAACUUGUGAAUGUAUUAAUGAAAAUGGAUCUAUUAGGGCUGACUUUGUUUAGCUUUUUUACUGUAUAAACUGGAAUAUGAGUAUAUCAGUAAAAUACAUUGUAAGUAAUAGUAUUUUUAAA